AUGCUUUGCGUGAAAAAGCAAUCAGCCCAGCAGCCCUGCCAGCUAUCGAAUUGUACCAUCACAACGUAUGCAGGAAAGCAUUUGCUCGCUGCGAAAGCUGUAAAGCGAUCACGGCUGCGCCUUGCAGCGAAGUGCUCACCCGCAGCCAUCGCCGCGGCGGAGCCAAGCCACCCCACAGCAGCGCAGCUGUCCCUGACACCCAGUGGCGUCGCGACUGUACCCCAAGUAACGGCAGUCCAACAGGAGCCUCCAGUCACGCUUCAAACGCUCCGACCCCAGCCAAAAUCCCGACGCAAAUCCACGGAUUGCAGCCCUGGGGCUAUUGCUCCUGUUGCUGGUGCCAAGGUUACCCGCGCCUCAAAACCCCAUAUCGCAUUGGGCGGCAAGCAAGGUUCCGCAUUUGUUCCGCAGCAGCAGAACGAAGGUCUGGAAGCGGCAGGGACGGCUGUGGGAGCCACAACAGCAGCUCCGCCACUUCAUGCAGCAAAGGCUGGACAGCAAGGCGUAAGCGAUGAGGUAACUCCAUUUGUGGAGGUCAAUACAGGGGAUGGCGUCGAAAUUUCAGGCGCACGUACUGCUGAGCCAACAGCUGCAGCUGAGCAGGAACCCCGUCCACCUGCCACAGCGGUCCCAGCAGGCUGGGCCGUGCCGGCGGCACCGCCUCCGCUUCAGGAACCAGACAACGGACCCGGAACGCACGUAAACUUAGCAGUGGCUCCUCAGCCGAACCCGGUACCGUCUGAAAAUGUAGCCUUGGCCGACCUCACCCAGCCGCGUGCCCCUGAUCCAGAGCGCAUUGACCUCACGGGUACGACGGCCCCCGUUGCCGCCGGUGCUGAUCCACCCAGUGCCUCUUCGCUAGACCCAGAGCUACGGCAGCAGCAGCAAGCCAAUGUGCCCGCCGCACGGGGAGAUCAGCCUGGGCCUACGGCAGCUGCGCCACCCAACGCCUCACGCCCCCGUCGCCAAGCGCUAUUACCUGGCGCGCUGGCCCCAGAUGCUGCUGCGGCGGCCGGCCCUGAUCCAGCAGGGUUGGGCACGGCGCAGCCGCACGGCGGCAAUCGCGGCAUUGUUGGCGGGGGGGGCAUGCCGACGCCAGCCAAGAGGAAACGGCGCGGCAGCCGUGGAGGCGACGUGGAAGGCAGAGUUGCACGGGGGCGACGCGGUCACGACGGCCGUGGCGGGGCCGCGGGAGCCGUGGGCGAGGCCGUGGCGGGCAUGGGCGACGCGGAAGCUGUGCUGCCGGUGACCCGCAGCGCGAAGGCCGUCCGCGGCGAGGCGGCGGCCGCGCCUGCAAAGCCAACAGGUCCUGUCAAUGAGAUGUUCUUGUCAGUAGCGGAGCGCCGGCGGAGGCAAAAGCAACGGCAGGAAGAGGAGGCAGCGGCGGCGGCGGCGGCACAGCGGCAGGCAGCUGAGGAACGCGAGCAGCGGGAGCGCGAGCAACGAGAGGCGGCGGAGUUACAGCAGCGCGCACGGGCACGGGAGCGGGAGCGUCAGCGUGCCGAGGCGUCGGCUGGCGCGUUGGAGGGCAUAGACCUGCCUGCGUCUCCUACCAAGCCGGUGCCCCCGGUGCCGGUAAACCCAUUCUUCCGGGCUAGGAAACGACUGGACCCUUCAGCAGGUGGCGAGGCAGGUACAUACAUCAAGCGCCUCCCCAACGGCGACGCUGGAGACCGGCUCCUGCCAGCGCUGGCGCCCGUACAUGUACGGCAAGCAACUGACGGCACGAUAGGUGGCGAUGGAGCGGCGGCAGCGGCGAUUACUGCGGCAGUUAGCUGCCGGUUGCACAGGGACAAUGGCGGUCUGUUUCGCCUCGUGGCCUCUGAAGGCCCGCAGCGUCCCGCUGGCGCUGAGGGUGCCGAGGCCAGCGGCCCAGUCCCGCUGCGGUUCUCCUUCCUCCGUCCCACGCCAGUGGUGGUGACCGUCCCGCAACAGCACCGCCAUGGCCAACCGGCAGCUGCCCCGCACAACGGCGACACGACCCAGGUGGCGGCGGCAGCAGAGCAGGAAGGCCGAACAGGUAGCGGCGGCGGCUUCUUCGACAGGGCUGCUCCGUUGUUGGAGGAGCUUGCCGCGUACCUGGCGGACGCGCAGCGACGGGAGGAAGGCGGCGGCGGCCAGCAGGAGGUCUAUGUGGCGGCUGAGCUGUGGUGCACGGCACAACAACCCGUCUGCGCCGCGGAGCUAUGCGGCAACACCGCACAGGUCAGUCGGCUUCGUGACUGGCUGCAGCAGUGGCGGGAAGUCAUCAUGCUGGAGGGACAGCGACGUGAGGAAGGUGCCGUUGUUGCUGCAUCGCGCACGCGGCGGGACCGGCGGCUCAGCGACGCUUCCUCCGGGUCGUUCUUCACUGACAAUGACGAUAGCGAGUGGGACGCCCGUUCGGCGGGGGGCACCGCCGACAGUGACGGGGAGGCUCGCGGUGGCGGUGGUGCCGAGUACAAGGGCCUUCCCACCGCGUUGGUGCUCCGCGGCCCCUCCGGCUGCGGCAAGACCGCUGCCGCCUACGCAGUGGCUUCGGAGCUGGGCUUUCGCGUACUAGAGGUGAACCCGUCCGCGGAUCGCAGCGGACCGCAGCUCCUGCGCAUGGUGGGAGAGGCAACCAAGAGCAGGAGACUGGUCCAUGGGCUGGCGGUGGGUGGAGGCGGCGGCGGGGGCGCGCAGAUGGGAGGGAAGGGCGUCCUACCAGCAGCAGGAGCGGGAGGGGGAGGGGGAACAGCAGCCAAGGGCGGCAGGCGAGGGCAGCGAGAGGCGCCUGGCCGGGGUCGGCGAGGCGGCGCCGGCGCUGGCCGUAGAGCGUCACGGAAGGCCGUGGCCCUGGAUGGCGACUCCGCCUCCCCUGCAUCUUCGCUCUCUUCCCCGUCACCCGUGAAACGACGGCGCGGCGGCCGCGCCGGCGGGGCCGGCGGCGGCGCUGCCGCCGCUGCUGCAAGGCUCUUUGGCACCACGGACGCAGCGGCGGCCCCUGCCGCCACCGCCACCGCGGCCCCGAAUGCAGCUCCUGCCGACGGCGCUGGGUCAGUGACACUCAUGCUGUUUGAUGAGGUGGAUAUAUUGCCUGAUGAGGACAAAGGCUUUGCGGGCGCCCUGUUAUCGAUCAUCCAACAGUCCAAGAGGCCCAUCAUCCUGACCGCGGGUCGCGGGCAGCUACCGCCUGCCCUGUGUAGCCUGGGGCUUCAGGAGCUGCAGUUCCAGCCUGCAGCGGAGGAGCAGAUCCUGCGCACCGUGGUCAUGGCUUGCGCUGCGGCCAUCGGGCCAGGGCGGCAGCAGCAGCAGCACCACCAGGGCCGGCGGGCCCCGGUGCUACCGCCGCCUGCUGCAGCGGUCGCCGCAGACCAGACGCGUCUGGCUGAUGGACGCGACGCCGCCAACGUGGGGGGCCCGGAGGUAGUGGACUUGAGCGCCGAUGAUGACGGUGGCGACAGCGGUUGCGGUGACUGCAAUGGCGAUGUGCAGUCUGGGCCGCGAGCUGCCUCUCCAGAUGAGCAGCUGCCGCUGCUCCCGUCGCUGCUGCACCUAGUGCGGAGUUGUCGAGGCGACCUGCGGCACACCCUGAUGGAAGCUCAGUUCUGGCGGGGAGCAGCCGGAAGCGGAAGCAUACCAAGCCCCUCACCGCUGCAGCACUGUGUAGGCCAAGCCUGCAAUGAGCGCAUGGUGCGCCUCCCACUCCUGCCGGAUGCUGUUGCUGCUGUGGCCAGCGACGGUGACGGCAGUGGAGAAGGAUGCAGUGCCGUACUUGAAAGCACGCGGCGCGCCGUCGAGGGCUUUGCUCUCGCAGCGGCGGGAGCCAUGGCAGCCGGAUUGACUGGGCCCGAGGAUAUGUCAGACUACCUUACGGCCGUACUUCCACAUGUCCAAAUGUGGUUACCCAGUCAAAAUAUGCAAGGUACGGCUCCUACUACCCCGGUGAUGCCACCACAGCAGCCGGAACCGGAGCUGCUGCGCCAACAAGGUGUAGCGCCUACCGGGCCUGCGGGAAGACAGCAGCAGUGGCAGCUGUAUGCUGAUUCAUGCAAGCGGGCUAGGGAGCAGCAGCUAGCGGCCAGGUGGUUGGAGCUUGAAGCCGCACGGUCCACAGCUCGGACCGUCAACCAACGGCCGCGAGGCCCGGCUGGGCGCAUGUUGCCGGCCGAGGAUGUAACCGAGCCCGCGGGCGAAGAUGCUGACGAGGUCUAUGAUGCUGCAGCUGUUGCUGUGGCUGGCACUGUGGACGAGCUGCCUGAGGGGGCCGCCUGCGAAGCCGAACGCUGGCCGGCAGACCAGAUAGCGGAGGCGUCGCGGCUACUAGCCGGCACGGAAGGUUGCACCAAGCAGGGCCAGCUGCCUGAGCAACAGCAACAGCAGCAGCAGUUCCUGUUGGAUAUGGGGGACCAGCAACAGCCGCAGCAAGGCGAGGAUAGCUACGUCCUAGGUAGCUUACAUGCUCCCGUGGAUGUAGCUGUAGCAGCAGAAGAAGCAAGAUGCUUCACAUCACCGGGUGCCGACAUAACAACACCACCCUCGUACGAUGGACAUGUGCACCAGCAGGAGAAGCAGCAGUCCUUAAGGCUUAAGCGACGUGCUUCGGAGGCUGCGAGCGCAGAUGCAGAGGCAGAGACUCAUUCAGAGGCAUGUAGGUUAGGGACGUGGGUGGGGGCGAUGGCGCCGGUGAGCGGCAGUGGUGCUGGCGCGAAACGCAGCCGCCUAUCGCGCGCACCGUCACGUGCAGUCAGCGGAGCACCUGCGUCGACGCAAAACACGGAUCUCUCACCGUCUGUGUCCGGUGAGGCAGCAAAAGUAGUGGAGGCGGAGACUGUGCCAUGCGACAUGGAUGCCGCUGGCGCGGCGCCGCUGCGGUCUGCUGCUAUUGAUGCAGCCGACGUUGCUGAGGGUGGUGACGAAGUAGGUGCUGCGUCUACACCGGCAACACACCCAGAGGGUGCAGGAGGUGACACGGGGCCCGAGGCCAAUCACACCCCUGCCGCUCCCUUGGUCUCCACUCUCUCUGCGCCGGCGUGGCUAUCGCCUCCUGCCCCGCCGCCCAUACCAUGCAACCCAACGGCCUUGGCGGCCUUUGCAGCGCCAUGGCAGCGGACUGGUGAUGUCAGCGCGCCGCUUAAUCUGCCACCGCAGCUUCAGGCAGCAGUUCGUGCUUGUCAUAUGCAGGCAGCCCUAGCAGACAUGUACGGCAUGCUGUCGGACCUGGAUAUCCUCGCUAUGCCCCAUGACUCCUUCGUGCCCGUCUCGGGGGCCUGUCCGACUCACCACCAAGCCAUGUAUGCUUCAGUACAACCCCUCAGAUUGGGAACAAACAUGGCGCUGCAGCCACCGCCGUCAUUUGCGCUUUACAACAAGUACAGCAAUACGAGGGCGGCAUGGGUGAUGGCAGAUGCCGUGCGAGACCAGGAGGACAUGCCCGGCAGGCUGCUAUCCGUGCUGGCCGUGGAGGCAGAGGCGGCGGGGCUGGGGUCCGGGGAGCCAGCCGGUACCAUGGGGCAAGAAUGUGCAGCGGAGGCCGCCGCCAGUGCCGCACGGUUGGCUUCUGCUGCCGCUGCCACGGCAACGCAGCGCUUUCGCCUGCAGCCACUGCAUCCUCUCCAACCUACCUAUGCGCUGGCUCCGGCUGCUACAGCCGCGGCCUCUUCUUCGCUUGAAUUGGAGUUGGGGUUGGAGGCAGCUCCGCUAAACUCUCACACGGAUCAGCCCUCGCCCUGGCAACUGAGCGCAGUGCACGGGGCUCUGUUGGCCACUGCGUCGCCAAUGUACUACUGCGCCAGUGGCGGCAGUCGCGCAGCAGCGAUGGACCGCCUUUCUGCGCUCACGGCCAUCUGCCGCAUGGAGGCGGCACGGCAGCGGCGGGAGGCCCAGCGGGCCAGGUGGGUUCGCCGGCUGCCCGCGUUCACCCACUAUUUGAUGUCCUCUGUGGGCCCUGCGUACCUGGUCGCGCUGCAGCAGCUCGCGUCGGCGCUUGGGUCUGGUCCGAUGAUGCAGCAGCUCUUGAGGCUGUUGCUGGCUGAAAUCCAUCCUGAGCUGUUGCAACACGGCUAACGCGGGCACGUCCCUAUGCACAGCAAAUAGCUGUUCCAAGCCAACAGCGGCGUCCAUGUCACCGACAAGGCUCUAAACGUCUUAUCUGUUCUUAUGCUUAAUUAAGUUUAUGUAUGUUAUACUUUGCGCAACUUUGUAAUUUGACUUUACUCUGAACAAGGUGCUGUAUACGUUGC